UGCCGGUAUUGAGACCAGAGAAGAAGAAGAUCGAGCGGAGCCGGAAGGACAGUCUGACAGAAGGACGUAGCCGUGCUGUGUUUAGCUCAGAAAGAUGCUGACCAAUAUCUCUAAUGUGCUGAGGGCCUGCGCUCAGAGGAAUGGAUCUGUAGCGCUCGUGUCAGCACGAACAUAUGCUGACUUCACAACUGAGGCUUCCUUUGAAAUAAAGAAAUGUGACAUCCACAAGUUUGAGGAGGCCCCGGCCACUGAGGUGGUGAUGACCCGCGAUGAGGGUCUGAAGUACUACCGCGUCAUGCAGACCAUCAGGCGUAUGGAGCUGAAAGCAGAUCAGCUGUACAAGCAGAAGAUCAUCAGAGGAUUCUGCCACUUGUAUGAUGGCCAGGAGGCCUGUGCAGUUGGUAUUGAAGCAGGAAUCAAUUUGUCAGACCAUCUGAUCACUGCGUACCGCGCUCACGGCUACACUUACACCAGAGGAGGGACUGUGAAGCAGAUCAUGUCCGAGCUCACCGGCAGAAAAGGAGGUAUUGCAAAGGGCAAAGGAGGCUCCAUGCACAUGUACACUAAAAACUUCUAUGGAGGAAAUGGAAUUGUCGGAGCUCAGGUUCCUCUCGGUGCUGGUGUGGCUCUGGCCUGCCAGUAUCUGGAGAACAACCAAGUGUCCGUCAGUCUUUAUGGUGACGGUGCUGCCAACCAGGGUCAGAUUUUUGAAACCUACAACAUGGCAGCACUUUGGAAGCUGCCCGCCAUCUUCAUCUGUGAGAACAACAGGUAUGGCAUGGGGACGUCAGUGGAGCGCUCUGCUGCCAGCACAGACUACUACAAGAGAGGAGACUACAUUCCCGGUCUCAGGGUGGAUGGGAUGGAUGUUCUCUGUGUUCGGGAAGCGACCAAAUUUGCAGCGGAUCACUGCAGAGCUGGGAAGGGUCCCGUUCUCAUGGAGCUUCAGACCUACCGCUACCACGGACACAGUAUGAGCGAUCCUGGUGUCAGCUACCGCACACGUGAGGAGAUCCAGGAGGUCCGCGGGAAGAGUGACCCCAUCUCCCUGCUGAAGGACCGCAUGCUCAACAACAACAUGGCCAGCAUCGAGGAGCUCAAGGAGAUCGACGUGUCGGUGAGGAAGGAGAUUGAAGACGCUGCUCAGUUCGCUACGACAGAUCCCGAGCCUCCACUGGAAGAAUUGUGCAACCACAUCUUUCACGACAACUCCCCGAUGGAGGUGCGCGGCGUGAACCCGUGGACCAAGCUGAAGUCUGUUAGCUAAAGCUUUUUCAUCCUCUCUUAUCAUCUGGUCCUCCACCCAACACUAUCUGAUCUCCCCAAGCCACUCACUUAUACGCACUCAUUGUAAUUAAGACCCAGAGCUUAGACAUCGGACAGUAAAUGGAUUUCAGCGCUGUACAGUCACACAGCCGGGACCAUAUUCACAAAAAGCAACCUUAUGAGCAUUUCUACUGCAGUGAUGCAUAGUCUUAUGAAAUUAUCUCCCAUAUUUAUUUAUAUCUUCUGUAAAAUGUUAAUAUAAAAUUACUAGUUUGCAAACUCAACACAAUAAAGAUCAUUUAUUUAAUGUUAAGUAUUAAAUGUACCAUCCUUGACGCUGGUGGAUUAUUUCAAGUCUUCCCCUUGUGAAUGAACUUAAAUAUGUAAACCCCUUUGAUGAAUUGUCUUGGUUUUAAAAGGGAAGCUUAAUAAAUAACUUUAGCUAGUGUUUCCAGGAUUAUUGGGCUAUUUUAACAUUUAGCACUAAGUUGGAAGGCUUGGUAAAUCUGGAUUCAAGCUAAAUAAAUCUGGUCAAAACUAAAUUUGCUUUAGAUAAUUCUUUCACUUUUGAGGUGUAAUAAAAAAGAAACGUCUUUCCAUCACUCCUCAUCUUAUAAAAACACUGACCUGUAAAAAAUACUGAAGUGUACAUGAUAAAUCGUUCAGUUUAAACACUGCUGUUACUAAAAAGAUCCUCAAUCCGGCCCCAUUUUUAGUUUUUUAAUAUGUUGUACGUAAGAGAGGGCGAAGAAUACCAAGGGAAGGGUUUGAAAUAUUUAAUUUGAUCUUGCCAAACCAAACGUGCCUGGCAGAUCUUGUGUUGUUGUCCAAUGUGUCGUCUCAUGUUUGUGUCUCACUCCAGUCUGAGCAGCUACCUGUGCAUCCGGACAGAGAGGUGUUUCAAAUGUUUAUUUUACAGAUACUCAGGUGUCUGGUUUCAUUUUCAUGAUACAAACAAACCUUUCAUUGAAAUAUAUAUAUUCGGAAAGACUAUUAUUCAAUGACUAAUGUAAAUGUGUGUAAAUACUUACACUCAAUUACCACAAUCUGUAACAUCUAUUGCAGUACGUUUCCAGAUCAAAGAGGUGCUGGGGGAAGUAUUGUUGGGUUAGCUGUUUGUUUGUUGUGCUCACAAGGUGUUAUGUGCUUUAACAACACACCAGCAGUGGCACAUUAUUGGCUCAAAUGGAGAGAGAUUCACAGACAUUUUGAAUUACAGUCAGUUUUUUCCUUGCAAAGUACUUGAACAUGAAAAAUGAAAGUGUACCGACACCUCGGUUAGCAAAAACAAACCUGCUUAUCGACACAGCAAGCUGCCUUUCAGUUAAUGGCGUUCCUAAACAUUGCAGCAAUGCAUUGUUGUUUCUCUAUAAUGUGAUUCUUUCGGCAAAAAAUAAGACUGACUUAAAUUUAAAAUGUCAAUACCUGUCUUAAUACAACAGAUGCCCACAGUGUGAGUAUUUGUUGUAGUGAACUGUUACAUUGAGGGUGGAAGAAGACGAAGGGAAACGCUCCAUGGAAACAUUGUUUUUAUGUGCACCACUGUAAUAAAAAGACUGUAAGAUACUGUAA